UGUACAAUAAGGCUUUCGGACUUGAUACCACGACGAAAUUGACAUCAAAAUACUACCGCAUCGGUUCUACGCUAACUGUCUCACUCAGCCUGUGAUUCCUUACUGGCUGUUUAACCACUCCUAAUCUCGACGUCAACGUUGUACCUUUAUGAAAGACAGUGGGCCACGUAAGAGCUGGAUAUGUGGCUGCUCUCUGUAUGAGGCUUGGCUUCCUCUCAUUCCCCCAUGCCUGUUUCUCCAGGCUAUACCCAUCUGGAUAACAAUGAGCCUAUGAACCCUUUGCGCAUCUCAGUAGGAGGGCUUCCGAUGUUGGCCUCCAUGACCAGUCCCACAGACUCCCGUUUUCGUCUCAAAUGGAGAGCCAUCAUCAUAGUAAUAACUGCACUGAUUCUCAUCCUCCUCAUCUAUAUGCAGUUGGCAGCCAUUCAGUCACGGCCAAAUAACAGAUAUGGCUGGAGGUUAAACCACCCUGAAACUGUGUCUGAGGCCCGCUACAAUGACACUUACCCUCUCAGUCUCCCUGAGCGCACUUCCAAGGGCAUGCGGUAUCGUAUUGGAGUAAUUGCUGACUUGGACAAAGACUCUCUCAGUGAGAAGAAGCUGACCUGGUUCAGCUACAUGCGCAAAGGCUAUCUGCUGGUGUCAGAAAGCGGUGACAAAGUGUCAGUAGAGUGGGACACUGACAGGGUGGUGCUGGAAAGCCACCUGUCUGAGAAAGGGCGUGGCAUGGAGCUGUCAGAGUUAAUAGUUUUUAACGGGAAGUUGUACAGUGUGGAUGAUCGCACGGGUGUUGUCUACCAUAUAGAUGGAAAAAAUGCAGUUCCUUGGGUUAUACUGCCAGAUGGAGAUGGCUCUGUUUCUAAAGGUUUUAAGGCAGAGUGGCUUGCUGUGAAGGAUGAUCACCUUUACAUAGGUGGUCUUGGGAAAGAGUGGACCACGAUUAAAGGAGAGGUGGUCAACGACAAUCCUGAGUGGGUGAAAGUGGUCGGUUUCCGUGGAGAUGUGCAGCACCAGAACUGGGUUUCCAAGUACAACUCUCUUCGCAGUGCAGCUGGAAUCAGCCCCCCAGGUUACCUCAUCCAUGAGUCAGCAGCCUGGAGUGACACACUGCAGCGCUGGUUCUUUCUACCGCGUCGUGCUAGUAACGAACGCUAUGACGAAUCUGAAGAUGAGCGGCGGGCCACCAACCUCAUGCUCUGCUCCUCAGCAGACUUCACAGACAUCGAAGUAAGGAAGGUGGGCCCCUUAAAUCCCACCCAUGGCUUCUCUUCCUUUAAGUUCGUCCCAGAUACGGAUGAUCAGAUCAUAGUUGCCCUAAAGUCUGAAGAAGAUGCUGGGACGAUAGCGACCUACAUCCUGGCUUUCACCUUGGAUGGACGUAUGCUGCUUCCUGAAACUAAGAUUGGUGACGUGAAGUACGAAGGCCUUGAGUUUAUUUAGUGCAGAAGGUAUAAUGCAGAGACGUUGCACAUCAGUAAGGGAUAAUGCACAUCAGUGCUGCUUCUUUUGGCAUUUGCGUGACAGGGCAUACAUGUGGACAUUGAGUUCUAUCUAGGUGGUGUGGCAGCUGAAGAUAUGUCUCAAACAAAGUGAGAUUUACAUCAUAUUUUCUCACUUUCAGGUUAUUUAUUUAGAGCCUGAUUGAUAACGGACACGGCUACACUUAUCCAUAAGUCUCCUCAGAGAACCUUGUGAAGAACCCUAGUCUUAUACCAGUAUAAUGUGCACCAAUGAAAUGAAUGUACUUGAUUCUUGACAAGAAUGCAGUGAAAAUCUUACACAUCUCAAGAUCCCAUAUAAUUGUACUGAAUGUCUUCUUCAUAAGAAACAAUCUAAGCUCUUUUUUUUGGUCAUGUGUGACUUGUUUUACAAUAGAUUACAAAAUGACUAGAGUUUAUGUUCUGCUGCAGUGCAUCAUUUUGGUUAAAAUACACCAGAAAUCCAGCAAAACCUCCUUAGUGUAGUAGGUUGUUUUGGAUUCACUGCCCUUCUGCAGGUAGGUGUUCACUGAGUUUUGAGUAAGUUUCUAUGGGUUUGGGCACUUGUUCUUUACAUUUAAAAAUCCAUCCUCCUGCAAAACGCAUGAGUAAACACAAGUAAGCAUAUUCCACCAGCAGCUGUACAUGCCUUUGAAGCCAUGUGUUACAGAUAAGAUGAUGAGUUGUGAGCAUUUGUUUUUUUUCUUUUCACAUCUUCAACUGCUCUUGGACAAUGUUGCACUUGGUCUCAUCUACUGCCAAGACUGAUUGAACUGUUACAGCAUCUAUGCGCUUUUAAGGCCUCUUUGCUCUUGAGACACUUGCAUCUCAAAUCUACAAAAUUCUUUCUGAGAUCAUACUUAUAUAUUCUUUUCUUUAGAUUCAUUUUUGAUGUAUUUAUGCCUUUCAAAGUGUAUAUGAGGCGACAAAAACAACUGCACGUUUUCAUUUGCAGAAGACUAAAGGCAUUCUACUCUUUACACAUGAUCAUGGAUCUCCUGUGCUCCAGGUAUUGAUGUGACUCUAAUAUCACAUACUAGUUAUACAGAUUUUGAGAUGAACAGUUAACUGUUGCGGACUGCUACCAGGGGAUGCAGUCAUUAUUCAAUAACCACAUGACAGUGUUUCAGAGAUCAGAAAUAAAUCGGUGCUGUGAACCACAUCCUAUUUAUGUUUAGGCAAUGCUCAUCAUAUCAUCACAAAUAUUGAAAUUCGCUGAUUAAAAAUUUCCUAUUCAAAAAACACUUAAAA